AAAUAUAAUAUCGGGUUUGCAAACGCGAAUACUUACGCACAUUAUACUUGUCUAUGCUUACGCAGUUACGCGACAUUCUCAAUUAAUAUUACUAAUAUUUCUCUUCGCUCGGCCCCGGUCCGCGGUGAAUCGCGAAUGCCACCGACGUUAAACAACAAUUCGUUUUGUCUAUCAUCGACCGGCGAAUGACCUGUGUCGCUCCCGUCGGACGCCGUUUCGAUAUUUUGCCAUAACACAAUAUCGCCACCGCUUCAAUCGGGAUUCGGGUUCACGGACGGUCCGUCGCUUCAUCGCCGUCGCCGGAUGAUGACGUAUUGAACCGGCGGAGGCGGCGGUGAUACCACCAUCGUAUAUCGCAUUCGGUGAUGAACGAUCCUACCGCACAUGCACAUCACCACCGCACAAUGUCCAAGUUCUUGAAACUGGCGCACAAGUUCAACAGCUUUUACUUGAACGGAUUACAGAAAAAAGAAUGCCGCGCAUUCAUCGUGGACGGCAUUCAAGUCGGGUUGGUCCAGGCUACCGUUACAAUAGAAUUAAGCCGCUAUCCGAAUGUGUUUAUUGUCAACCCGAAUAGUGUCACGCUGAACCCAGCAUUCAGGGAUUACGAUGAACGUUCUGCAAACAUAGAGUCUGUACUUAAAGAAAUGAAAGAAAAAAAGUUGUUUGUUACGCUGAAAGGGUGGAGGGAUGAGUGUUAUGAAGUACGGACAAUGUUUGCUGAUCAACCGUUGCUAAAAAUGGAUCGGUCUGCUACAUGUCUAUUUGGGAUUUGUAAUUAUGGUGUCGACAUAAAUGGUUAUGUGAACCAUCCACAGAAAGGAUUAUGUAUUUGGCUUCAACAGAGAUCAUUGACUAAACAGACAUGGCCUGGAAAAUGGGAUAACAUGGUUGCUGGAGGUUUAUCGGUUGGAAACAGUGUUAUACACACUGCUCAUAAAGAAGGAGAAGAAGAAGCAUCAUUGACUGCAGACCUUAUGAAAAAUUUGCAAUCAGCUGGCACUGUGUCUUUCUUUUAUGAGAGUGAACGAGGAUUGUUUCCUGACACAGAGUUUGUAUUUGACUUAGAAUUACCUCCAGAUUUUGUGCCUCGUAAUCAAGAUAACGAAGUAGAAAAAUUUGAAUUGGUGACUGCGAGUGAAACUGUGAACAGAAUUUUAUCUCCAGACUUCAAGACUACUAGCUGCCCUGUAAUUAUUGAUUUUUUGAUCAGACAUGGAAUUAUUAAUCCAGAAAAUGAGCCACGUUUUCCAGAGUUGGUCGAAUUAUUACAUGUACCACUCCAGUCUCUUUAUAAAAAGUGUGACAACUUGUUGACUGAAAACGGCCUUUCAAAAGCCGAAUGAAUUGUUUGUUGUAUUAAUAUAUGUGUUGUCUUCUUUCAACUUAACUUUCCAUUUUUCAAUAUUACUUCUCAUUUUUUUUUUUUUGUUUUACUUUGAGUCUAUUUAUUUUGCCAAAUAUUCGCUAAAUCCCAUUAUGUUCCUUCCAUUUUUAUUGUGAUACAUAAAUUAAAUGCGUAUCUCACGCCCUAAUGUUUUGUUAUUAUUUUAAUAUUAUUUAAUUUUAAUUCUAUACAUAUUAAAACGUUUUACUAAAUCAAAUUAUUUUUAAUUAUUAAUCAUGUGUUUGGAAUUGAGAAAGCAUACUAAAUUUUAAGAUUUGAAUGUUUUUGUACUAUUUAAUAGUGUUUUGUUAAAUAAAAUUAGAACAUUUUUAAAUAGACAUUAUUCACAAUCAUUCUAAGCUUGUGGUUUGGCUAGUCAAUUUAUAUUUUUUAAAUUAAAUAUUUAAAACACUUAAAACCAUUAUAAACAUCAUAUAAAAAGUGUAGUGUUAUAUUGAAGUGAUAAUAAAAAUAUAUGUUUUUUGUCUUUAAUAACUGUGUAUUAAAUUAUUAUAAUUUAUAUGGUGUAUUAUAUCAAUCAUUAAAUUUGUAUUAAUGAUAACAAUAUUUAUAUCUUAAGAUACCGUUACACAGGUCAUAAAUUGCCCAUUGGCCAUUCUAUUUUGUGUGUAGUUGUAAGUAACUAAAUAUUAAACUUAAUGAUGAUAUUGAAAA